AUGCCUUCUACCCCUACACGCAAGCAACUCGCGCGCGACGAGCGCAUCGAAAUUAUUUCCCAGCUCAAAGAUGGUAACACGCUACUUCAGAUAGCUCGCAAUAUUGGCCGCACCGCUACAUCACGAAAGGGGCGUGGCCGUCACCCAAAGCUUUCGGAAGACCGAUUGACUGGCGUGAUUGGUUGGAUACGCACUGGGUUUGAUAACCGAUGCAAAUCGGUAGAUCAAAUCGUGGCCGAGCUCAAUCUGUCGGUCUGCCGUGAAACCCUUCAAAGGCGCUCAAGGCUUGGGGCAUGA